AUGAAGAUCUCUGCACUUGCCCUACUCUCCGCCGUCCAAUUGUCGGAUGCCUUUCUCAUGCCUCAAGUCCAAUCCAGCUCGCGCAUGGUGUUGAAUGGUUACCUUGACGACUUGACCGAUGAGCUCCACAAAGAGGUCGAUGAAGGCGAUAACAGUCAGCGUGAAGAUUCCCAGAUGAAGGAGGAAGACAAGGAUCGUUACGGUGUCGGUUCCUGGGACAGCUAUGUUGAGUUUGAUGAAUUCGAUGGUGGUGAUGGUCAAAUGGGUGUGGCGGGUGAUGGUAACAAAAAGUUGGAAAGCUUUGACAUGAGUUCCAUGGCCAAAUCCAAAAUGAUGAGUGCCAAGAAUGCUUGGGGUACUUCCACGGGAUACGCCGAUUCUUUGGUCGAAAAGGGUGUCGAUUCUGCCCGUGCCCAGCAGUUGGAGAAUUGGCACAACCAGCAAGAAGUCCUAAAGUCCAAGAAUGCCCAAAAGUGGUCUGUCAAUCAAUAUGAUACACCUACCGCGGAGAAGGAUGACGACAAUUGGAGACAACUUUCUUCUUUUGGUGUUGAACGUAAUCAGGACUUUGAUUUGAACGAGGAAUUUGGACAAGUCGAAGCCAGCAGCGACUUGGAAGGUACCAUUGAAAUUACUGCCCGUAUGGGUGGGGCUCCUGCCGUUCACGAAUUUGGAUUGAAAAACCAAUUCAUGGGAUUUGCCGAUUUUCGUGCCGCCUUUACUGCUGAAUCUGGCAGUGAAUGGACCAUUGAACCAGCAGAAGGAUCUCUCAUGUCAAAAGAGGAUACCCCCUUUAUUGUACGAUUCCGACCACAGGGUCCUGGUCUUAGCGAGGGGUACCUUGUCAUUGAAACUGAAGACUUUAAGAAGACUUGGAAGGUUGUUGGAAGCACUGCAUAA